AUGACCGCAACAGCUUGUAAAACUAAGAGUUGUUUUGAGUUCCUUCUUUCAAAUGUUACCAAGAUCACCAACACAGUUUAUAGUCCACCUUUUGGCACUUCUCACGAUAUGUUUUGGCAACUUGAAUUUAUACCUAAUUCUUCCGAGGAACCAAACCAUUGCGCUGCCUUUCUUUUUGCAAUACCAAAUCAUGAAGAGGCAAAUAAUCCGGGUACAUGGUCAAGACGUAAUACGUUGAACGCUAAAAUUUAUUUAAAAAAUGCAAGAAAUCAAACAUUUCUUAAAAAACAAGCAGUAAAAAUGAAUUCUUUUUCUACAAAAUUAUCUGGAUGGGGUUGGGAGGCUUUUUAUAUUAAGGCUAAUUUACCAGAUCAUGUAUUGUUUGGUGUAGAGUUUGAACGAGUGGAAAUGGGGCUUGUAUCACAAAAAUGGCCUUUACCAAAUAGUCCAAAUCAAAGUGAAAUUAUUCCACAUGAUUUGUUAAAAGCUUGGGAAAGCUUAUUAAAUAAUCCAAUAACUUCUGAUGUACAAUUUGAUAUACAAGGUCAAAUAAUUUAUGCGAAUUCUUUUAUACUUUCAUCAAGAUCAAAAUAUUUUCAAUUAAUACUUCAAGGUAAAUGGUUAGAAUCAGAACCCCAAAUGCUAAGAUUUCUUUACACCAACAAUGUUACAUUUGUUGAUAAAAAAGAUGAAAAAAAUUCUCAUGGAUCAGCUUUAGAACUUUAUAGAAUUUCUGACAAGUAUUUGAUUGAUGAUUUACGUGAACUUGCCAAAGCAGAGAUUUUUAAAGAUUUAAAUGUUAAUGACGCAGCAGAAUUUUUAUUUGGCACAGCUUGGCAAUAUCCGGAGUUGAAAGAACAAGCAAUGAAAUUUUUUGUUAAUCAUUUUCCAAAUAUAAGACAAACAAUCGGUUUCAAAAAUAUUCUUGCUGAUCCUUCGAGUUAUCCUGCUUUCAUUGAUACAUUUAAUGAAGCUUUAGCUGAAUUGUUUCCAGUCACUGGGAGUGUUAAUACCGGAAAACCUGUUAAAGAAGGUUCUUAA